AAUGCAGUUAUCGGUUUAGCCCGAAUAAUUAUUUACAACAACAACAACAUUGUAAUAAUAAUUUUAUUAGUAAUAUUUUUAUUUUUAUUUUUAUUUUUAUUUUUAUUUUUAUUUUUAUUUUUAUUUUUAUUUUUAUUUUUAUUUUUAUUUUUAUUUUUAUUAUUUUUAUUUUUAUUUUUAUUUUUAUUUUUUUCAUAAUACUUUUUUUGGUCUGUUCUGAGACUUAUCUACUCGCAUGUCAGGAGCAGGAGGAGCACUUGCUGUGGUUAGAAGUUUCUUUUGGCUUAAAGAACUACAACUCCCACAUACUGAGUCAGUGUGACCUAUUUAGAUAAUCGCUGGAUUAUGUAGCCGCAUGAGCCACUGUAAAUGUAGUCUCCCCCUUCUCUGACUGCUGCUGUAACCUCAGUUUAUUUGUAAACGGGUUGUUUUCGGUGUUGUUUUACAGUCACUGAUUCCCAGUCACUGAUAGUUGCUGUGGAGGACGCCCCGCUCACGCUGCAGCAUUUAUUGACUGAGCAUUCGGGAUCCUGCUGAGCCUUGAGGUCAGAGGUCAAAGAGCCAUGGGAACCAGGAGGGUGCUGGUGACUGGAUGCUCCUCUGGCAUUGGCUUGGCUGUGGCUACACGGCUGGCCAAAGAUGAGCUUAGACGAUUCAAAGUGGUUGCCACAAUGAGAGAUCUUGGAAAACGGGCGCCCUUGGAAAAAGCAGCGGGUGAUUCCUUAAACAAAACCUUGGAAAUCCAACAGUUAAACGCCUGUUGUGAAGAAUCCAUCAGAGAGUGUGUCAACAGUCUCCCAGAUAGAAGGGUGGAUGUUCUUGUAAAUAAUGCUGGCGUUGGCAUGAUUGGGCCGCUGGAGUGCCAAAGUAUAGCUGCCAUGAAGGAGCUGUUUGACACAAACUUCUUUGGGCUAGCACGUCUGGUGAAAGAGGUGCUGCCUGACAUGAAGCGACGGCAGAGCGGCCAUAUUGUGGUGAUGAGCAGCGUCAUGGGAAUACAGGGGCUUCUGUUCAAUGAUGUCUACUCUGCCUCCAAAUUUGCUGUGGAAGGAUUUUGUGAAAGUCUGGCAAUUCAAGCAAUGAAGUUUAACAUCAAAACAACUCUAUUGGAACCUGGCCCUGUUGUGACAGAGUUUGAAAGCAAAGUGUACGAAGAUGCUGAGAAGAUGAAUCUAUCAGGGACAGACGAGGAGACAGCCAAAAUCUUCAAAGAACUUUACCUGCCAUACUCCAAAAAGAUCUUUUCCUCAUUAGGCCAGACACCAGAGGAAGUGGCCGAGCAAACAGUUAAAGUUAUCACAGCCAAGGAGCCUCCUCUCCGCCACCAGACCAACCGCCUGUACAUGCCCAUGACUGCACUGAAACACGCAGAUCCGACAGGUCGCCUGCCUCUGGACACCUUUUAUAAGAUGAUCUUUAAACAUGACAGAGUGUUCAAUGCCACGCUUGCUUUGUGUAGCAUGCUGCAGAGAAGGGUUGGGAAAAAAUAA